CAAUCGAUCCCCAUGGAAAAAGGACAUUUUUGGCCCCAAGAUACUCGGGAUCUUCUGCAUAGCCUGAGAAUGAGGAGCAAAUAUGCUCUUUUCCUGUUGUUUGUGGUUAUUGUUUUUGUCUUCAUUGAGAAAGAAAACAAAAUCAUAUCAAGGGUCUCCGACAAGCUAAAACAAAUCCCACAAUCCCUACUGGAUGCCAACAGCACCGACCCAGCCCUGAUCCUAUCGGAGAAUGCGUCCCUCCUGUCCCUGAGCGAACUGGAUUCUUCCUUCUCCCAGCUUCAACAGCGGCUCCGGAACAUCACACUGCAGCUGGGAGGAGAGUCCGAGGAGCUGCCCCGGGGCCCCCGGCGGCACGUCCUUCUGAUGGCCACCACCAGGACGGGCUCUUCCUUCGUAGGGGAGUUCUUCAACCAACAAGGCAACAUCUUCUACCUCUUUGAGCCUCUGUGGCAUAUCGAAAGGACGGUGACGUUUGAACCUGGAGGAGCCAACGCGGCGGGCUCGGCCCUGGUCUACCGCGACGUGCUGAAGCAGCUGUUCCUCUGCGACCUCUACAUCCUGGAGCACUUCAUCACGCCGUCUCCCGAGGACCACUUGACUCAGUUCCUGUUCCGCAGAGGCUCCAGCCGCUCGCUCUGUGAGGAGCCCGUCUGCACGCCCUUCGUCAAGAAGGUCUUCGAGAAGUACCAUUGCAAGAACCGCCGCUGCGGACCUCUCAACUUAACGCUGGCCAUGGACACCUGCCGGCGCAAAGAGCACAUGGCCCUCAAAGCCGUGCGCAUCCGCCAGCUGGAGUUCCUGCGGCCCCUGGUUGAAGACCCCCGCCUGGACAUGCGGAUCAUCCAGCUGGUCCGGGACCCCCGCGCUGUGCAGGCGUCCCGCAUGGUGGCCUUCUCCGGCAAGUACGAGACCUGGAAGAAGUGGGUGGCGGAGGGAGAGGCCUCCCUGCGGGAGGAUGAGAUCCAGAGGCUUCGGGGGAACUGCGAGAGCAUCCGCCUCUCCGCCGAGCUGGGCCUGAGCCAGCCCUCCUGGCUCCGGGGCCGCUAUAUGCUGGUCCGCUACGAGGACGUGGCCCGGCUCCCUCUGCAGAAGGCCCGUGAGAUGUACCGCUUUGCGGGGAUCACCCUCACCCCGCAGGUGGAGGCCUGGAUCCGUAAGAACACCCAAGCCCCGCGGGACAGCAGCGGCAUCUACUCUACCCAGAAGAACUCCUCGGAGCAGUUUGACAAAUGGCGCCUCAGCAUCCCCUUCAAGCUGGCCCAGGUGGUCCAGAGGGCCUGUGGCCCUGCCAUGCAGCUCUUUGGCUACAAGCUGGCCCCGGACCCAGCCACCCUCAUGAAUCGCUCCAUCAGUCUGCUGGAAGACCGGGGCAUCUUCUGGGUGACGUAA